AUGUCUUCCCCUCGCCCUUCCUCGCCCGUUAACGGAGCCGGCGCCGCCGCCUCUGGCGCCAGCGUCGCGCGUCCGUCUUCGCCUACCCCCCCUGGCGGCCCCAGAACCGCCAUCCGUCGCCGCGCGGCUGCCGACCAGAAGGAGAAGAUUGCGAAUGCGCGGCCGAACAGCACGAGAGCUGCCGGUGCUGGCGGUAGCAGCAGCACCAUGCUGAGACUCUACACCGACGAGUCUCCCGGCCUCAAGGUCGACCCCGUUGUCGUCCUCGUUCUUUCCCUUGUUUUCAUUUUCAGCGUUGUUGCCCUUCACAUCAUUGCCAAGCUCACCCGCAAGUUCUCCUCUUAA